UGCAAUAAUAAUAUUGGGUGUAAAAUAGUAUGUAGUGGGUAACGGCUCCCUAGGCAAUGCAGGGGUAAUCAAUGGAUGGGACAUCAUGGAGAUGUGAUUUGAUCCAAGAAUCCGAGGAUUGACUGCCCAGUCUGCAAUUUGGGUUUUGCUUAAAUUUUAAAAAAUGCAAAGAAACGUAAGCACGAAUUCAGUAAAUGCCUGGACAGAUAAUGCAAACGGAAGGGAUCUAGUUUAUCUUGCAUGAUCCUUUGAUGAGUAAAGAAUAGGUUGUUUUCCUGUUUGAGUGCCAGUGGGCGUGUUGUGGGCUAGCUAGUCUUUUACUGUUGGGGAGUGAUUCCUUAGGGGUGUGUGUGUGAUGGUGAUAGUGGAGUUGCUGUUGUGUGAUGGUGACCUUGUUGGGGAUGCCUGAUUUGCUGAUAGGGGCAUUGUCGUUUGAUGUGAAUUGUGUUUUUUCUUUUGGGGGAUGACGGUGGCGGUUGUGGUAGAGAAGUUUGAUUGACUACAGGGCUAAUCAAUGAGAUUGUUUGUUUUAAUAUAGGACUUGAUUGGAAAGGAGAAUAAAAAGCUGUAGUUAGAGAGAUUGUUUGUUACAAGUUCAAUUGUUGAAAAGAGGGAGAUAUAUAUUAUUGGAUUUCAGGGAGGUUUUUCUGAUGUGGGUGUCUGUCACUGGGAUUGUCAUUGCAAUGAGUGACUGGUGGCAUUGGUAUAGACAGAUGAAUUUCAAGCUGUGAAGUGUAGAUUGAAGGGGAGAUUAGAAUGUGCAUUGGGAGAAGAGGAGACUGUGGUGCAGAGUUCAGGCCUUUGGGUUCUGGGUUGUGGGUGCCUCUGUGAUUGGAGUUCUGAGGUAUGCCACAAUCAUGGGAAUGGAUUUUUGAGGCAUUGGUAUGGACUGGGAUGAAUUUCAGUAUGUGAUGUAGUAUAGAGUGAAGCAGGAUUGAAGUCUGCGAGGAGCAAGGUGGGGUACAGAGAUCUAGAUUUUAUUUGGUCUUUGUGCUGUGAGUUGAGCUGGAUUUUCUUCUUCUAGCAUUGUAAGUUUGUAAAGGAAGUAUAAAGUAGAUAAAUGUUUCAUUGCAUUUCAAUGGAGUGAAUGAUUCUGCUUUUGCACAAAUGAAUUUAGAGAACCGUGCUGCUGUGAGGUGCCAGAGGCAUCCACGGGAGUUUGUGGUAGGAGUCUGUGCAGCAUGUUUGAGAGAACGUUUGGCCUGUGUCGAUCCAGCAGACCGCCAUGCAAAAGCCUUCCCUGUCCCAGAUGGGAAAGCAACUGCUAAGAAGCCCAUCGUCACAGAGGCCAAGAACAAUGCUCAGAAAAAGAAGAUGAUCGUUGCGUCUGAGGCCUCGACUUCAAAUGGACCUUCUCAGCUGAGGAGGAGCAAGUCUUUCUCAGAAGGGAGGGCACAGGCCAGGGCUAAGAUUGACGAGGGCAGUUCGCUGGAGCCCAAGAGGAAGUCCUGUGACAUUCGAGUUAGAAAUACACUGUGGGCAUUGUUUCAGAUAGAUGAGGAUGACAAUCAAAGUCACAACCAGAGCCAGGGAUACCCAGCUGAGGAAGGACCCAGUUCAAUGGAGAUAAAUGGUUGGGCAUCUGUGGUAAAGGAACCAGAGAUUGAAGUCGGAUAUAUGAAGCAGCAGCAGGUACCUGAGCCCGAACCCGAACCUCCUAGUAGAUUGAUUUAUGAGAGUUUUGAAACAGGUGAGAGCUCUGCCAAUCCUUCCAGUAGAACAAUAAAGUCCCACAUAGAUCUUGAUACACAGAAUAGAUUUCGGAUGCAAGUCACGGAGAAUAAUCAGAACAUUGAUGAAACCAAGAAGAAGGCCCCGAACCCAAAUCCCAGUGAAUGUGGCGAUUCUAAGGAGAAAACAAGAUCAUUUUGGCUGACAUCUAUAGUCUUGAAAAGAAUACAGAAAUGGAAGAGAAGACACCGCCAUAAACAACAUCAUUCAAAGAAUCCACAGACCCGGGAAACCAGGUCCGAAAUACUUGAUGAGGCGAGGCCUUCCUGUGAUGACGACCCAAGGUUUUCUAUCGACAUGGGUAGGACUUCUUGGGAGGAUUCGAGGCAUUCAUGGGAAGAGCCCAGGGCUUCUUGGGAUGGGGUAUUGCUUGGGAAAUUUGUGGCUUCUUCGGUUAUUGGUGUGAAUGAAGAAUCUGCUCCUGCUGUUGCUUCCAUUGGCUGCACAAAAAACCAAGUUUUAGUAGAGUCCAUCAAGUUUCAUGACGGUGAGGAUGAGAGUCAGCCAGGCGGGUCAUUGGAGGCCAAAGAGUAUUACUCAGAUACAUCUCUAUCUCGGAGGAGAAAGAAGAAUGUGGUAGAGAAGUCUAAUGGAUUGACUGAUGAGAAAAAGUUUGUGCAGACCAUAGAGACCAGGAAUAAUACCACUAAGGUGUCACCUGCUGCAUUAGAUGAUGACAACUGUAAGCCCACGGCUGUGGAGACAGACAUGGACAAGACUAACAGGGAAAAGUGCUCAGAAAAUUUCCAUAACCCCUCGGAUGAUCCAAAACAAGUCUCAAAAUCUCAUAGAUGGAGCAAGGCCUGGAGCAGGACAAUAACUAGUCCCAUGUGGGGGUUCAUUCAGAAGCAUGGUGGUAGCAAAUAUGAAGGUGGAUAUGAGGGAGGAGGAGGAGAUGUUGAAGGUUGCCAUUCUGAUUCGUGGGAUAGGGAGGGAAGAAGGGCUUUGAGUAAAGGGGAUUUCUUCAGCAAUAGCAGCAUUAGUACCAGGAGUUGGUAUAUUAAUAACUUGAGCAAUAAACAAGCUGGAAGCAAUGGCAAUACCAUCCACAGGAGCAACAGCAACAGCAAUGCACAGAGGAACAAGAGUAGUAGUUGGCAGAUGAAAAGAAGGGAGGAGAUGAUACUGGAUCGGAGUCGGAGUAUUCAUUAUUCUCCCACGAAUGUUGACAAUGGGCUGCUGAGAUUCUAUCUUACGCCAUGUAGGAGCAGCCGGAGGAAUGGUAUUGGGGGUCCCAGGAUCAGACCUCCAACUUCUUCUUCAAGAAGUGCACUGGGAUUAUAUUAGAUAUUGAGACAAGAUAAAUUUAUUGGCGUAGUCUAUCACCAGAGAUGGAAAGCGGUUUACUUGAUCAUGUUGAUAAAAUGAUAGACUAUUGGGAUUGUUUUGUGAAUUAUAUCAAGAAACAAUGACUAGGUCAAUAUUGGUUACAGAAGGAUAACAAAUAAUCAGUUCUGUUACAAAAGUCUGAUAUGAGUAUAUGUAGUGGUCCUUGCCCACAUAUAGAGUCAUCUUUUCCAAUGGAGCAAGAACAUCCCCCCUGAGGUCUGAAUCAUGUUGGAUUUAAAAGCAUUUUUCUUGUACACAUUUUUACACUUUUGAUUAGGGCAUUGGAAUAUAUAACGUAGCGACAACAGUAUACUUACAGAAGGAAGUCACCUCCGGAGUAUGUUACAAGAUGGCAAGGUUCCUAUUGGAAUAAUUAAUAAUGAGAAUAUUGCUGUCCAAUUUGAGUCCGUUGUCCUUGAUUAAUUGUUUAAUGAUUGAUUGAGACUGUCUAA